AUGGCGAACGAAAAGUCGGUGAUGGCGGUGAUCAGAGUGGCGAGGCCAUCCUUCCGCAACAAAAACGACAAGGUAGCUUUUGCCGUUCACGCCUUCUUCCUUGCCUCUGGCUACGUGCUUAUCGCUACCGGGCCUCCUGCUUUCUCCGACUCUGCCCUCUCGUCGUCGUUCUCCACCUGCGAUGAAGAAGUAGGAACCGACCAAUGGAACGAGCUGGACGAGGAGUACGCGUUCCUUUACGCCAACCCAGAAAACAAGAAGUUGGUGCUGGUCAAGUGCCUUGUAAUAAACCAUAAACUGUUGGUUGAUGCUUUAGCUCAAGGCAGUAGUUCCGAAACGGUCCAUCUCCAAAUCAACGUUGACGACUAUGUUGGAGAGAGUAAUAAUAAUGGCAGCAGCAAUUUAAAGAAUUUGGAGACAUUGGUGAAGAGCCUGGACACUCAGGUUCUGUGUAAAUUAGAUACUUGUUCCUCAAGUAAUAGCAACAAGGCCUCAAGUUCAAUAACAAGUACAACAACGGAGCCUGGUGGUACUGGAAGAAUCUAUCUUUCUUGGCCGGGCGCUGGAAUGUACACUGCUAGAGGCGAUUAUGGAGCACCACCCCCGGCUCCUGUUUUUUUUGCCGACCGGUUCGCGUGGAAUGGUUCAGCUUUCAUGUAG